AUGAAGAGAGAGAAGGGGUAUGGAAAGAUCUUAGCAGUACUGAUUGCAGCAUGGAUUAUAUAUAGAUGCUACGAGUUUGUAGCAGGAAAUAGAGAAAAGAAGAUUUCCAACCUAUCCUCCUGGAAUGGAGUUAGGCUUGAAGACUUUCAGGUGAGGAAGAUGAACAAGAAGGAGAUAAGAGAAAGGCUGGGAAGGGCUACAUGGACACUACUCCACACAAUGGGGUCGAGAUAUCCAGCGUCGCCAAGCUUCCAGCAGAAGAAAGAUACCCUAAGCUUCAUUCAUCUCCUGUCAUCUCUGUUUCCCUGUGGUGAGUGUACUAAGCACUUUCAAAAGCUGAUUCAAGAUCAUCCUCCAAGAGUUGGAAGUGGUAAGGAAUUCAAGACAUGGCUGUGCGAGGUCCACAACAUAGUUAACGAGAGACUUGGAAAGACUAUUGUUGAUUGCAGGACCGUUGAUGAGAUUUGGCAGUGUGGAUGCGAGGCCUAG